AGAUGGUAGCGACCCUUCCCCGCUGGGUCUCUUAUGGAGUGGUGCGGGGAUAGAGAAGGCGCCGGGAGCGAACGUCUAGUUAGUGCCCAACAGGGGCCACGUGUUCGGGGAGGAUCUGCCCUCACUCUCGCCUCACCCCCCCCCCGCGCGCCCAGAUGUUCGCGUCCUGACUGCCGCGCCGCGCGAUCGCACCGGCGUGGGACGCCGAGGGUCCAGCCCCGGGGCUCAUGGCGGCGCCCGUGCGCCUGGGCCGCAAGCGCCCCCUGCCCGCCUGUCCCAACCCGCUCUUCGUGCUCUGGCUGACCGAGUGGCGGGACGAGGCGGCCCGCAGAGGGCGCCGCACGCGCUUCGUGUUUCAGAGGGCGCUGCGUUCGCUCCGGCGGUACCCGCUGCCCCUGCGCAGCGGGAAGGAAGCCAAGAUCCUCCAGCACUUUGGAGACGGGCUCUGCCGGAUGCUGGACGAGCGGCUGCAGCAGCACCGAGCGUCGGGCGGUGACCAUGCUCCAGGCCCCCCGUCGGGAGAGAAGAGUCCAGCUAUGGAAGGGUCACCUGCCCAAGACCAGGACUCUAACAUGCCGGUUUCCGCUCAACCCCAAGCAGGAGGCUCUGGUGGCUACUGGCCGGCUCGGCACUCAGGAGCUCGAGCUAUUCUCCUGCAGCUCUACCAGGAGCACCUGAACCCUGAUGGCCACUCUUUCCUAACCAAGGAGGAACUGCUGCAGAGGUGUGGCCAGAAGGCCCCCAAGGUAGCCCCUGGGACUACUCGACCCUGGCCUGCCCUUCGUGGCCUGCUCCACAGGAACUUGGUCCUCAGGACACACCAGCCAGCCAGGUUCUCACUGACCCCGGAGGGCCUGGAGCUGGCCCAGAAGUUGGCAGAGUCAGAAAGCUCGAGCUCGCUGAAUGUGAAUGUGGGCACCAGGCCUAAGGAGCCUCCUGGGGAGGAACCAGCAGUGCCAAGAGCAGCCUCCGCCGAGCUUGGCACCAGCGGAGGGGAGGGCCAGCAGCCCCUGCUGGAGCUGAGACCUGGAGAGUACAGGGUGCUGUUGUGCGUGGACACUGGAGAGACUCGAGGGGCAGGACACCGGCCAGAGCUGCUCCGAGAGCUGCAGCGGCUGCGUGUGGCGCACACAGUGCGCAAACUGCACAUUGGGGACUUUGUGUGGGUGGCACAGGAGACUGAGCCCAGAGAUCCAGCAAGACCUGGGGAGUUAGUUCUGGACCACAUUGUGGAGCGCAAGCGGCUAGAUGACCUGUGCAGCAGCAUCAUGGAUGGCCGCUUCCGGGAGCAGAAGUUCCGCUUGAAGCGCUGCGGCCUGGGGCACCCUGUGUAUCUGGUGGAGGAGCAUGGCUCAGUCCAUAACCUCAGCCUUCCUGAGAGCACGCUGCUGCAGGCUGUCACCAACACCCAGAUCAUCGAUGGCUUCUUCGUGAAGCGCACUGCUGACAUUAAGGAGUCAGCCGCCUACCUGGCACUGCUGACCCGGGCCCUGGAGAGACUCUACCAGGGCCGCACCCUGCACAGCCGCCCCUGGGGAGCCCAGGGGGAUCCCAAGCCAGGGGAGAGGCCCUCCCCAAACCCGCUCUGCUCACUCCUCACCUUCGGAGACUUCAACGCAGGAGCCAUCAAGAACAAGGCCCAAUCUGUGCGAGAAGUGUUUGCCCGGCAGCUGAUGCAGGUGCGAGGGCUGAGUGGGGAGAAGGCAGCGGCACUCCUGGAGCGAUACAGCACUCCCGCCAGCCUCCUGGCCGCCUAUGACGCCUGUGCCACCCCCAAGGAGCAGGAGACGCUACUGAGCACCAUCAAGUGUGGGCGUCUGCAGAGGAACCUGGGACCUGCUCUGAGCAGGACGUUGUCCCAGCUCUACUGCAGCUACAGCCCCCUGACCUGAGCUAUGUGUGCCAAGAGAUAGACCCCAGUCCUCAUCUUCCUUCUCUCCCCAGCCUCACCAGCCUUUCAACUGAGAUCUUUAGGGCUAUAAUAAAAACCUUUGUGUCUGCA